AUGGGGCCCGGAUUGUUUUGGAACUUCCCUUCAAAGGCUAGCUGCACGGUGCCGCAGAGCCUGCUGCAGACAAUGUACGUAGUGCCUUCUGAAAUGGAGCUCAUAUACUGUAUAUAGCUUCCUUAACUUAAGUUUUUGGCAUCUCAUCCAUCGCUCUUCCAUUCACACUGUCCGUCCUUCCUAAAGUAAUGGGCUGAUGACUGCAGUGUGUCACACCAAGGCCUAGCUUGUGGACCAGUGGAACGUAACUUAGCGUCCUGGACUACAAGCCAAUGGCCAAUCCCUGCAGAGCAUUGGACCACAACUCAUGAGUCUGUGGCCAAUUGUGGCUCAGUGUUGGACUAUUACUUGUGAGUCAUCAAGCACUUUUUUGGCUAAGUUGAAAGAGACUCAUGAGCCAUGGACCAAUCACAGCAGAGCACUGGACCAGGACUGAUGUAAUUUGGGUGAUCAUUUGAUGACUCGUAUCUCACCUUCACCCCUGUUAAUGAUGCUCAGAAGAGCUUUAGCCAAGCAUCACAGCACACAUUCUCUAUGUGUGUGUUAUAUUACCAUCCAUCAGCCUUGAACACCAGCCGUGGCUGUUGUUGUGCUGUGUUCAGUCUGGACAGAACUGCAUGUUCCACACAUCUUGCAUGCCAGUCAUGUCCUUGCUUUGGGGUGUGUGGGUAUAGCCUCAAACUCAGUAUUAGCAUAUGCUUGAUAGUCUUUUGAAGUAAGGUAUAGCUAGUUUUCAAGUGUUUGAAACCUGUUGCAUAUUUUUUUUGUUUAGGCUGUUGGGUUUGUUUCCUGACCACCCACUGGGCACAGACGUCAUUUCAACAUCUAGUUUUGAUUUACAUUUGGUUGAGUUGUCAAUAGGCGGCAAUAAAGAGAUAGUGCUAUAGGCCUAGAUGUUGUGGAUGUUUGGGUUAGAGUAGAUAGACACUGGGUGAUUCAGUGAAGCGGAUCAUGUAGCCCGUUGACAUAUUGGAUAUUAAGUGUGGCUUCACUGGACAAGGCUGUUGUCACUAAUGGCUGAAAUCUUUUUUUUUUUUUUUUUUUUAUUAAACUAGGCAAGUCAGUUAAGAACAAAUUCUUAUUUACAAUGACGGCCUACACCGGCCAAACCCGGACGACGCUGGGCCAAUUGUGCUGAAGUCUAAAAUGGCCGAUGUGGGGCAUGUCAGGCAGCAUACCAUGAAAUAAAACUGCAUUUUCUGACCAGCUUAAGUGCCCAGCAAUCUGUAAGCUUUAACAAAACUGAGUCAGGUGGAAGGAGAAGGUUUGGAUGUCUAAGAAAAGGGCUUCGAGGGCACUCACUGUCGGCAGAUCCUUUACAGUGUUACAUUUCAUAUUAAAAUAAUUUACAGAUCCAUCUUUUGAUAUACAAGAAUGAACGCUGCAAUCGAAAAUGUAGUCUUAUGAGACAGUGGUGUUCGGUCAGGAAGGUUUUAAGAUCCCCCCCCCCCCCCCACCUCUCCCCUCUCUGUUGUGUACAGGUCCCAUUGAGAGCCACAUGCCAUGUCCUUCUGGCCGACUGGCUCUGUCCCAAAGCACUGGGUACCUAUAGUGACAGGAGGCAGGGCUAGGCAGGCUGGAACCACAGCCCUGUGGAUUCCUCAGGGUCCACGGCCCUAUCAGGCCGUCUCUGACGCCAGUGCUGAGAGCAGCACAGACACAGAGAUAGGGAUAGACUGUGUCCCAAAUGGCACCCUAUUCCCUAUAUAGUGUGCACUAUAUAGGGAAUGUGGUGUCAUUUGGGACAUCCACAUGGCCUGCAAGGCAGUUCAUAAGCCUGUUGUAAGUAUAAGAGACUAAAUUCCAGGGGCACCAGUCAUAGCAGCUGCGAGUUGAUAUCUGGUUAUCAAUUUUUAAUCCACAUUUGAUAUCUUGCUCCCCCCAGUGCAUGGUUUGCUUUUCAUCUAAGGCCUUCAGACAUGCACCACUAUUAAAAAUGGAAUGUGUCACUUCAAAUAGUGAAAAAAAGUUGAAUCGCUAACAUUGUUUUGAUUGCUGUGUGUGUGUGUGCGUGUGUGUGUGUGUGUGUGUGCGUGUGUGUGUGCGUGUGUGUGUGUGUGUGUGUCUACAUGCCAGUGAGAUGAUGUCACUUCAAGAUUGACCUGUUGAAGUGAAUCUCUGGUCAGUUUGUCAGUCUUUGUUAGCAUCAUUCUCUGGGCUUGUGUGGGAGGCGAGUCCUGUAGGAAUAUGUCCACUUAGCUCAUAAACAACACUUGGAGAAGCACGGAGAAACCAAGCAGGAGCAGAGAGGAUGACGGAUACAGAGGAUGGAUUGGUAGUAACGAUUUGGGUCUGGUCUGAGUAGAUGAUCCCCAAUAAGGGUUUUGAGUUGUUUUGUUUGAAAGCAAAUUAUUGAAAGAAGAGCGAUGAAGUCCGUGAUAACAACAGGAUUACUGUGAGAGCGGUAAAAUGGCACCCUAUUAUCUAUAUAGUGCAUUACUUUUGACCGGGGCUCUGAUCAUAAGUUUUGCAAUACAUAGGGAAUAAGGUACCAUUUGGGAUGCACAUAAUGUUUUCAUGUAGGAUAUCUAUCAGUGAGCCCAAGGCCUCAUAUGACCAGUGUUCUUGUUUGCACUUAAUCAUCGUUAGUGUGUAUAAUUGAUUUUGUUUAUUGGGUUGUUAGGUUCCAGAUGCAUGAAGGUGCUGUCUGCUGAGGAGAGCAAAAGGCCGUAUUCUGUUUUGGAAGAGUUGGCCUUUAAUCCUCUCUAAUGCUAUCGUCCCUAUGGCUAAUUAAUACGCUGUACCAGAGUUAAUUAUGUUACUGACAGAGAGAAGGCUUAAAAAAACAUGAAUCAAGUAACAGUGCCUUUCUGGAUGUUGUUUUUCAGGGGUCACUGGUGAGUCUUAUUGAAUUUAUGGGCAGAAUAAACUGUUCAAAACUCUUGUCAGUAAGAGUUAAUAUCCUGACUGUACCCAAACACUAAUACAUUGCACAAUGAAACACACACACACUGUACGUACACAUAACAAAGCGCCGAACCUGGCCCAGUUUCUGAGAAUUGAUUCUGGAUUGUGCAUCUGGUCAGAUGCUUCCCCUACAUGCACAUCCCAUGGAUUUCCUGUCCAGCAGAAUGCUUUUCCCAUAGCCUUGUCGUCCCCACUCUUCUGUAGCCUCUUUCAGACACUGGCUGUGUCUAGCUCCCUCCUUCACCCUCAGGCUCACUCUCACCGGUAUGAGUAACACAUAAUGCCCCUGCAACUGGAAUUGGGGACUGUGAGAGAGAACUAUUCUCUCCACAGUACAAAGUCAACCCUUCCAGCCCACAACCCUAUGAACUACAUGAGAGGAAGGGAGAGUCAUAUGUUGGAUAUAGAGGAUUGGGUGAGAAUGGAGCAUGGCCAGCCAGACAGAGAUAGUUAGUGUGGGUAAAUAGAUGGGAGAGGAGCAGCUGGUGGAAAUGAGAAGAUGUUAAAAGGAACAGAGAAGGUAAGCCAGAUCCUGUUAGAACCCAGGUGAUUCAACAGCACUGCUGGAGGUUGUCAUGGCUACAGAAUCUGUGUAGAACUGUAAAAGAACAGAGGAGAGGAAGAGAGAGAGAGAGGGAUGAAAAGGAGGACGGAUUUAUUUUACCCUCCUUGACCAACUAAAAGGAAGGUCUUCUCUUGACUCUCAUGGAGAAAAACAAACCUGAACUUGGUAAGAGAGACCUCACAUCUUCUUUUUAUUAGCAGAGAGCAGAUGAUGAAAAGACACUGGAUGAAAGGAGACGUUGAAGUAGCACUUGACUACUUGACUCCAUAGAUAGACCAUGGAUGCACAAUGGACACACACACACCACCAGCACCACCGAAAAGUGAAGUCGAUGUUCCCGAUCAGUCUCAUUUUAGGGUAAAUGAUAAUGUCCCCCUCAUUUAAUUUAAUUAGUAUGAUGAAUAAUUCCUCAGUAAAAAUACAAAACCGUAUUUGUGGUUUAGGGAAUAUUGAAUAAAGCAGCUAGCGAACAAAAGUAUUGAGUCAUCUAAACCUGAAUCAGUGGGUUUGAAAAGGCUUCAACAGGGACGAAUAUAGACUGUGUAAUGGUAAUUGAUUUCACAGCAAGCCAUGUUAGAGAGAGAGAGUGUGUGGUGAGUGUGAGUGCGCAGGCAGAGUAAUGAGGCUGGUUGUCCUGGUUAGUUCCUAAUUAAAGUUGGUCAUGGGCCCAUUUUAAUACUCAUGCAAAGGUCACUUUCAGACAGAGAACAGCAACAGUGUUGUCGCAAAUAGGAGAGGAGGGUUUUGUUUUCGAGUGUCUGCAAAUUACUUAGAGGGACUUUUGUUUUGGAGUGUCUGCAUCUGGGUUUUGUCUAAGGGUCUGGAAACUUACGCUGACAGAGACAGCGUGUGUUGACUAGCUGUUGCUUUUACUGCAUCCCAGCCAUUAAACAACCUGUCACUGUGUGAAGUUGGAAAUCAUUAUGAGGCCACUUUACCACCGAGCAUGACUCAAUUUGGUAGGAAGACUCAAACAGCAAACAAUGUUUUGAUGCUAACUAAGUCUGUCAGUAAAGUACUUGAUCCAGCAGGGAAUGGUUGUAAAUCUAAUAGGUUUCCAUAUUUCCCCAUACAUGCUUAUUGGGCUGACAGCCUCCCAUUGCAGCUUCUUUACCAUUACGUUUUGCUCAUCUUUACAUUUAUUUUAUUCGAUAGGCUUUCUUUUAUUUUGUUGCAUUUGUUUUUCUUGACAGUGAACGUGUUAAUGUGCCUAUGUGUGCAUGCCUAUAGAAAGUCUACACCCCAUUGAACUUUUUUCACAUUUUGUUGCAUUUCAAAGUGGGAUUGAAAUAGAUUUAACACAAAAUACUCCAUAAUGUGAAAGUUAAAAUAUAUUUUUUUCUUCUUUUUACAAAUGAAUACAAAUUAAAUAACUAAAAUAUAGUCUUUGCAUAAGUAUUCACCCCCUUUGUUAAGGCAAGCCUAACUUAGUUCUGAAGUAAAAUGUGGCUAUCCCUUCCUCUGUCCCCAAUGCAUAUAAGGUCCCUCAGUCAAGUAUUGAAUUUCAAGCACAGAUUCAACUACAAAGACCAGGGAGUUUUUCGAAAGCCUCAUUAAGAAUGUCAGUGAUUGGUAGAUGGGUAACAAUAACAAAUCAGACAUUGAAUAUAUGUUUAAGCAUGGUCAAGUUGAAUAAUUAUGCUGUGGAUGGUAUAUUAAAACACCCACACAAUUAAAGAUACAGUCGUCCUUCUGAACUGAGCUGCAGGACUGGAAGGAAACUGCUUAGGGAUGUCACCAUUGGUGAUUUUAAAACAGCUUCCAUCAAUGGCUGUGAUGGAAAAAAAACUUAGGAUGGAUCAACAACAUUGUAGUGACUCCACAAUAAUGACCUAAAUGACAGUGAAAAGAAGAAUACAAAUAUACAGAAUAUUCCAAAACAUGCAACAAGGAACUAAAGUAAUACUGCAAAAAAACACUGUAAAGGAAUACACUUUUAAGCCUAAAUGUUUGGAAGAAAUCCAACACAACACAUCACUGAGUAACUGCCUCCUUAUUUUCAAGCAUGGUGGUGGCUGCAUCAUGGUAUGGGUAUGCUUGACAUCAGCAAAGACUAGGGAGUUUUUCAGGAUGAAAAGAAACGAGAUGGAGCUAAGCACAGGCAAAAUCCUAGAGGAAAACAUGCUUCAGUCUGCUUUACACCAGACACUGGGAGAGGAAUUCACCUUUCAGCAGGACAAUGACCUACAACACAAAGCCAAAUCUACACCGGAGUUGCUUACCAAGAAGUCAGUGAAUGUUCCUGAGUGGCCUAGUUACAAUUUUGACUUACAUCUCCUUGAAAAUCUAUGGCAAGACUUGAAAAUUGCUGUCUAGCCAUGAGCCCCAACACCUUAACAGGUAAUAGGUUAAUACUUUUGAUUAGAAUAAUGGUCGAAUAUUGCACAUACAGGUGUGCAAAGCUCUUAUGAGACUUACCCAAGAAGACUCACAUCUGUAAUUUCUGCCAAAGGUGUUUCUAACAUGUAUUGACUAGGGGUGAAAAGGGAAAACCUAGUCAGUUGCACAACUGAAUGCAUUCAAUCGAAAUGUAUCUUCUGCAUUAGACAGGUGCGGGAGGCUGCCUUAAUCGACGUCAUCGGCGCCCGGGGAGCAGUUGUUGUGGUUUAACUGCCUUGCUCAAGGGCAGAACGGCAGAUUUUCCCAACUUGCCGGCUUGGGGAGUCAAACCAGCGACCAACACUCCUAACCACUAGGCUACCUGCCGCCCUAUACUUAUCUAAUACUUAAGCAUUAUAAGUAUAUCUAAUCAGGCUAUUUUAGUGUUUUUGUUUUUCAUUCAUCUAAAAAAAAGUAUUCAUCCACUUUGACAUUACAGAAUAUUUUGUGAGACCGUUGACCAAUGAAUUACAAUGAAAUCUAUUUUAAUCCCACUCUGUAACACAAUAUAAUGUGAAGAAAUCCAAGGGGGGUGUAGAGUUUCUAUAGGCACUGUAAAUAGGCAAUGCCGGCAUGUGUGUGUGCAUGCACGUACGCGUGUGCCUGUGUGACCGUUUGAUAUCCUCAGUGAUCCAAUGUGUUAGUCGAGUGGCACCAGCCUGGGUCAGCUCUGCUCUCUGUGGGCUUAGCAGUGCCCUUGUAUAGACAUAUCAAUCUAAAUUGAUAUAGCCCCUCUGUGUCCACUGACCUGGCCACACUGCAGGAGUUUCAUGAUAUCCUAAUUGGGAAGCUCACUGUCUGUCUGGCUGGGCCCUCAGACCUGCUUUAUUCAGUAUAUAACCCAAUCCAUGAGCUGAAGACCACUGGAGACCCAAAGAGAACAGGCUACUACUGUUUAACAACUUUACACACAUUUUACACAGCCAUUGAAAUCUUUGGGCGUCUGCCUAAGCAUUUUUUCGGGUCGCCUAACCCCAAGCAUGUAGAAAAAUAAUGGACCUAUAUAUUUUUUUCUAAUAUAUUCUUUGGGAACUAACAACCUCCUAAAUAAAAUCUAGACAGUCAGAGAGAAUUGAAAAAUUCCAAAACCAAUACAUUUAGCAGUACACAUUUUGGUAUCAUGUUUGAGCAAAAGAACACAGCAUUAGCCAUGGCAAAAUGCAUAGAAUUGCAGGAAAUUAGCUUUAAAACAGCAACAUUUUCUCUCAGCUUCAUGGCAGAAUAUGUAGAAUCGCAGGAAAUUUGCUUUAAAACUGCAACAUUUUCUCUCAGCUGCAUGGCGAAAUUUGUAGAAUUGCAGGAAAUGUGCUUUAAAACUGCAAAAAUGUAUCUCAGCUCCAUGGACAAAUUUGUAGAAUUGCAGGAAAUGGACUAAAAAGUGCAAACAUUUCUCUACACCGCCAAGAUUGUGGCCUCUAAAAUGUUCUCUGAAAUUCAGACACGCCGACCAUGCCCCCUGCGAUGCCCACCAACUAAGCCACUUUUUGAUCCAGAAAAAACCCUGGACAUGUAUUCUCUAUUCAGAUACUGUGCAUCCCUGGACCUCUUUACAUGCCCAACAUAAAGGGACUAUGGGGGCUGGUGUAGCAAUUAUAUAGGGGAAAGUAGAAAAUGGACUUGCCCAGCAACAGCAACCAAACCUCCCGAAGACCUUGCCACCCAGCCAAAUGCUUGAUAUACUGUAGAUAUUUACUGGGGGAAGAAAAACAUAAUUUUUUUUAAGGUUUUGCUGCUGCAGUGGUUUGAGUUGGUGGAUGGAUUUCAGAGGUUUUACUAAAGUAACAAAGUGGGCUAUGUAACCUCAGGUGUGCGUUGCUAUGGUGAUUGCAGGUUGCUCUCCAGGAUGGCUGGGAUGAAGGAGCAGCAAUUUACUGAGCAGAAACCCCUACUGCCGGAGCAGGGAGGACAAGAAACUGAGAUGGUGAGCAUUUACUUUACAUAACUGUGUGUGUGUGUGUGUGUGUGCAUUAUAAUAUUUUAUUUGUUUUUGUGCAGAAUGUGUGAUAUAAUAGUGUAUUUGUGUGUGUCUUGGUUUGGAAACAGAAUGUGUUUACAUGUGUAGGAGGGAUGAAUCAUACACUGCAUUUCAAUUUAGGAGUGUGAAAGAAGGGGUGGGGGGACAAGACCAUAUAAUUGAGAGGCUGCUAGGUCUAACCAAAUCCACUGAUUGCAGCAGUAUUCUUCUCUUAGCAGAAGCUGUAAGUAACUCUUGAUUGCUGUGACUGUCUGAGGAGGAUAAGAGAGGUGGCAUCAGUAUAGAAAAGAAGAGCUAAAUCACAUUGAUUGAAAUGCAAACUGUCUAAGAGGAUACAGUGCAUUCGGAAAGUAUUCAGACCCCUUUACUUUUUCCACAUUUUGUUACGUUACAGCCUUAUUCUAAAAUUGAUUAAAUCGUUUUUUUCCCUCAUCAAUCUAAACACAAUACCCCAUAAUGACAAAGCAAAAACAGAAAUAUUACAAAAGUAUUCAGACCCAGUACUUUGUUAAAGCACCUUUGGCAGCGAUUACAGCCUUGAGUCUUCUUGGGUAUGACGCUAAAAGCUUGGCACACCUGUAUUUAGGGAGUUUCUCCCAUUCUUCUCUGCAGAUCCUCUCAAGUUCUGGCAGGUUGGAUGGGGAGCGUUGCUCCACAGCUAUUUUCAGGUCUCUCCAGAGAUGUUCGAUGGGGUUCAAGUCCGGGCUCUGGCUGGGCCACUCAAGGACAUUCAGAGACUUGUCCCGAAGCCACUCCUGCGUUGCCUUGGCUGUGUGCUUAGGGUCGUUGUCCUGUUGGAAGGUGAACCUUCCAACAGUCUGAGGUCCAGUCUGAGGUCCUGGUGCUCUGGAGCAGGUUUUCAUCAAGGAUCUCUCUGUACUUUGCUCCGUUCAUCUUUCACUCGAUCCUGACUAGUCUCCCAGUCCCUGCCGCUGAAAAACAUCCCCACAGCAUGAUGCUGCCACCACCAUGCUUCACCGUAGGGAUGGUGCCAGGUUUCCUUCAGAUGUGACGCUUGGCAUUCAGGCCAAAGAGUUCAAUCUUGUUUCAUCAGACCAGAGAAUCUUGUUUCUCAUGGUCUGAGUCUUUAGUUGCCUUUUGGCAAACUCCAAGCCGUCUGUCAUGUGCCUUUUACUGAGGAGUGGCUUCUGUCUGGCCACUCUACCAUAAAGGCCUGAUUGGUGGAGUGUUGCAGAGAUUGCUGUCCUUCUGGAAGGUUCUCCCAUCUCCACAGAGGAACUCUGGAGCUCUGUCAGAGUGACCAUCGGGUUCUUGGUCACCUCCCUGACCAAGGCCCUUCCCCCCCGAUUGCUCAGUUUGGCCGGGCGGCCAGCUCUAGGAAGAGUCUUGGUAGUUACAAACUUCUUCCAUUUAAGAAUGUUGGAGGCCACUGUGUUCUUGGGGACCUUCAAUGCUGCAGACAUGUUUUGGUACCCUUCCCCAGUGCCUCCACACAAUCCUGUCUCAGAGCUCUACAGACAAUUCCUUCGACCUCAUGGCUUGGUUUUUGUUCUGACAUGCACUGUCAACUGUGGGACGUUAUAUAGGGAGGUGUGUACCUUUCCAAAUCAUGUCAAAUCAAUUGAAUUUAAGUUGUAGAAACAUCUCAAGGAUGAUCAAUGGAAACAGGAUGCACCUGAGCUAAUUUUUUUGUCUCAUAGCAAAGGUUCUGAAUACUUAUGUAAAUAAGACAUUUCUGUUUUCUAUUUGUAAUAAGUUUGCUAAAAUUUAUAAAAACCUGUUUUCGCUUUGUUAUUAUGGGGUAUUGUGUGUAGAUUGAUGAGGGCAAAAAAAUAUUUAAUCAAUUUUAGAAUAAGGCUGUAACGUAACAAAAUGUGGAAAAAGUAAAGGGGUCUGAAUACCUUCCGGAUGCACUGUAUGUCACUGUAAAUUAUACACUUCACUUGACAAUGAUUGACAAAGUGGAGAAACUGAUUACUAAGACAAUGCCAAGGCAGUGGAGGAUAAAACUUGGAGGCCAAAUAAUCAAUUCAAAGUUAUUGCUGAUUAUUACUUGCUAGCUAGUAAUUAGUCCCAAGAGACAUACUUUACAUAUUAAAGUAAAACACUAUCGGGAGUGGAUGUGUGACCCAGAUUACAUUGUAUCCUUUAGAAGUCUAUGUUGUUGAGGAUUUAACAGGAUGACAUCAUGACAGCAGCUUAUCCAGACAGCUGUUACCUUAGCCUAUCCGCUCUUGUCCUCCUCUAUAUUUGACAUUUUAGUCAUUUUAGCAGACGCUCUUAUGCAGAGCGACUUACAGUUAGUGAGUGCAUACAUUUUUCAUACUCUCUAUGUGGGUCAUGGCCUCCCAGGUCUGUUAGUCUUCCUCCCCUCCAGGCCUCUCCCUGCCUGGACCCCUGAGGUGGACUGACCAGCCACUGUAACACACCUGUGUUUGUGUUUAUGAUGCAGAGAGACCAAGGGCGGUGUGUGAACGCACUCCCCUGCGCAAGCCGUGCGCCACUCACCGCCCCCUCUUCCUCAAGCCGCCCCCCACAACGGUGGCAUGUGAUCGCGCGGCACUGGCUCCGCCAGACCCGUAAUCGGACCAGUGGGUGCAUCCCGGUAAUUACAAACCCAGGACUCACCUGCAGGGGGACUAUUCCCCUCGCCCUGCAGGGGCACCAACUCUCCGUUACCUUCGGCUGUGUUAUCGGAUGCUCCUUUAAGUAGCUUAUCCUCACCUGCAACACAUCCUGAGUCAGAGAAAUAUGGGGGGCCACAAACAACAGGGAAUAUAUAUAUUUUCUAACAUUCCUUGACACACAGGCUGUAGUAGUAGCAUCAGCAAGGUUUCAUACUUACAGACAUUCACACACAGACAGGCUGAGGAUAAUCUGAUAAGAGAGAUUUUUAACUUUCCUGGAGAACAACAUGCAGCCAGCCAACACCUCCAGCACAAUGCCACAGCUCCCUCCCCCACCAUGCUGUGCUACUGCAGUCACAUGUGGGCUCCAAAGGACAAGAGUGACACCUGCUGGUCCGACCGCCCUACUGUAACGACUAACCUACUGUGUCUCUCCACUGAAAACAACUGCAUGAAAUAACCAUUCUCUCUAGGUGUGUCUGAUCACUGUAACACUGUCUUGAAUGGCAUCACCCUCUAUCAAUGGACUGCUGAUAAUAAUGCAACCAUUUGACAUCUUUCCUCUUUCACCUAAUCCGUGUGUUUAUCUAUAAUCCUAUCCUUUUGUCUUUCCUGAAACCACUGUAUAUGAAUACACUAUUCAGGAUUGCACCUUUAGCAUCACAAAGAGUUUGGGGCCACUUUUUCUUAACCCACUCUAAUAAUGCUUGGUUUCGAUUCAACUAUAACCUCUAUAGAGCAUGUCCUUCAUGUUGCACUGAAGUUUAGGAGAAUGCUUGGGUUCUGGUUUGGCUCUUUUAGGACAGGAAAAACGUAUUCUUUCUCUCCUGAGCCUUCUCUUCCCUGUCCACUAACUGCUGUCUGCUUGUUUGGACCCACAGCCUCUAUCUGUGUUGCUCUCUAUGGAUCCAUCCCUUCAGCUCGAACGGCCUGCUCAGCCCUGUGGCAUCUCAGAAGUCUAAGCAGAGGGACGGUCACAAUGAGCGUCAGUUGACAUUGUGUUUUUGUUAUCUGUCUGCAGGAGAACUGUGAGAUCCUGAUGCCAAUUGGAGACUGGAAGGUACUUAAAGUAUAUUCUCUUCUAUUCUCAAUAUACUGUAUCCCCGUUAUCCCCGAUAAUCGUUAGGACUGUCCACUCACUGGGAGGAGAAGGAGGCGUGAUUGUUUGGCCAAAUGGUUGAUGGGAUCAUUCACUAUCACACAGCACCUCUCUCACAGUGUGGUACAGAUUUGUGUCUGAAUGAAAAAGUGUAAAGGCCGUGUGUGUUUGUCUGUGAGAGAGACUGGAACACUCUUGUUCAAUGAUUAUCACUCACAUAAUAGCGUAUCAAUCUCAAUACUCAAACUAUCACAUAAACCAUAAUAACCUAUUAUCCGUUAUGGAUUAGUAAUACCACAGUCGUUUUGAAGUCCUCAGCUUUCUGUACCCGUGAUGUUGAGUCUAUUUUAACAUGAAUCCACGUGGCGAUGAGAUCAGAGUUAUAUGAAUAAUCCAGACACCUCGUUUCUCACCUCUGUCUGACGCCUCCAGUGUCACCCCCCCUCCUCUCUCACCCUCUCCAGUCUCACCUCUUCUCUCACCUCCUCUCCUCCCUCCUCUCUCUCUCUCUCAUUCCCCUCUCCCACCUCCACCUCAUGAUCAUGACAGUCCUUUAUAAUGGGAAGGCUAACAAACACAGGGUCUGAUUAAGUUUUGUUAAACGGGAGAGGACUGUGUACCCUUACGAUUGGUGCUAUGAAAUUAACAACUGUGAUUUGCUUUGCACAAAUCAAAUGAACAGGCCUCUUCAAGUUUGAGUGUUGAGAGUGUGUAUGUGUGCGCUUGUGUGUGUCCAUGCAUGUGUGUGUGUGUCCAUGCGUGUGUGUGAUGACAGUGCAUAUGAGUAGGGGUGCGAGAGCGAGCUUGUGUAUUUAAUGUAGACGGGAAAUGUUGAGUCAGCCGGGGAGUGAGUUAAUCUCCCUCUUCCACAGAAAAGGGUGACCGAGCUAGAGAGAGAGAAAAGCAAGAGAAAGAGAUGGGAAGAGUACACAGUUGAGUCAGCUUGGUAAGCUCUCUGUACACAGGAAAGCGGGAUACUGUAGAGAGAAAGAAAAAAGAGAUUGACAAUAGCUGUCCCAUUACACAAAGGCAUAGAGGGCGCCUGCUAACUGCUGCUGCACACCUAGGGAGGGAGGGAGGGAGGGAGGGAGGGAGGGAGGGAGGGAGGGAGGGAGGGGGGGGGGGGGGGGGUAGGGGGGGGGGGGAGCGAGAGAGAGGGAGGAUAGGGAGGCGAGGGGGGGCAAGCGGAGAGAGAGGGAGGAAGGGAGGGGGGAGGGAGGCGGGAGCGCGGAGAGGAGGAGGGGGAGGGGGGAGCGAGAGAGAGGGAGGAAGGGAAGGGGGAGAGUGGGAGGGGGGGAGCGAGGGAGGGGCGGGGAGGGUGGAGUGUGUGGAGGGGAGGGGAGAGAGAGAGAGAGAGAGAUGGAGAGGAGGGAGGGGUAGCGGAGAGCGGGGGAGCGGGAAGGGAGAUGAGGGGGCGAGGGAGGUGAUGUCGGAGGAGAGGGAUACAGAGAUGAGGAGAGGGAUGGGGAGGGCAGAGAGGAGUGAGAGAGGGGGGGGGUGGGGGGGGGGGGGAGCGAGAGGGAGGGGGAGCUGAGAGAGAGAGAGAGUGAGAGGAGAGAGGAGGGAAGGGCGAGAGGGAGCGAGUGAGGGGGAGAGGGCUAGAGGAGCGAGAGAGAGAGAGGGAGGAGGGAGGGAGCGAGAGAGAGAGGGAGGGAGGGAGGAGAGGGGAGGGAUGAGAGAGAGAGAGGGAAGGAUGGGCGAGAGGGGAGAGAGAGAGAGAGAGAGAGGGGGGGGGGGAGGCGAGAAGCGAGAGAGGAGGAGGGGGGAGCGAGGAGAGGGAGGGUAGGGGGUGGGGGGGGGGAGCGAGAGAGAGGGAGCACGUUCAUCAGAAAAGCAGACAAGUCUUUGCAUGUUUUGUUGAUUUUUAAGAAGCUUGUUGCUUUCCAUAUGCAUUGAUGGAUUAUAUUACAAAAUUCCAAAGCGACAUGGGGGGUAAAGUAUACAGAUCAUCAAAUCGAUUUACUCGAACAACACAUGUAGUAUUAAACUGAACAAUAAAAUAAAAUAGUUUUUUGCACAAGGGUUAGGGGUGCGAGAUUUGGGGUCAAUCCUGUAAUUACGAUUAUAAGCAUUGGGAGAAAAACACAAUAGAAAAUCUACAUACAGAAUUCAGCAGAACUCAACUAAUGCAUGCAGAGCAGAACUCUGAAUAUUCCCUUUAAUUGUAAAUAUAAAGAAAAGGACAAUAACAUUUUGGCACCAUUUGAAAUUUAGCCCCAAAACAUCCUUACAAUUCAAAGCACUGGAAACCCAAGAGCUGAACCCUGAAAAGAGCACCAAUUGGCUGUAGAAAAAGGGAGACGCAAAAAGACAUGGCUACUCAAAGAGGAGGGUCUAUGUGGUCACUGCACGACAGGGGAGGUAGAGACAGAGAUGCACUUUUUUCUCUACUGUGAGAGAGAGAUCCCCUGAUAUAGAGCAGUGGUGGUGCUGAUGAGAGAGCAAAACAAGAGCACAGCAGAGAGGAUGCUGUGACUGACUGGGCAGCCAACCAAUCAGAUGCAGAGAGCCAGCCAAUUGGCUUGAGCUUGGCACACCCUCACGGUGGGGUUUAUAAAGUGUCGGAGGAAGGGAGAGGGCUGCAGCGCUUAGCCCCAGAGCAGGACGAGGCUAGAGACAGAGACCACCAGCAGCAGCAGUCCCACUACCGGAGAGGACUGGCUCUGUCUGUCUCGUCUCCACCUGCCACUCUUCCUCCUCUUCCUCCUCCUCCACCGAGCACGCUUACUCAGGCACCAUGCCUGAAUGCUGGGACGGGGUGAGUGGCAGUGUAAAGUGUGUCUGCAGGCUACUGAGUGACUGUUUCAUAGCGCGAGGAUAUUUGGAUCAAGUAGAAGUAAAUCCACUACUAUGUCUUAAAAACUCCUUUGUUCAUGGAUAUGUAUGACAUGCACAUUUUGCAUACGUUUAUUUCUCAUGCACGUACACAACCAUGUCUUACCUUAUUCAUGCAUGUUCUUAUACCAUGUUUAUACCUUAGCAAAAUGACUAGCUAUCUUGAUGCACCUUGCUGUUAUAAUAGUCUGGAAUAAUAGUGCAUUAGAUAAGAUCAUGAGUGAAAUCUGUAUGUUGAAAUAUUAGUACUCGAGUUGUGCUCAGAUUUGGUUUUAUCAUAUAAUUGAACAUAUGAAUUAAUGUUGCAUACUGAUAUGGUUGUUGUACUGUUAUUGUGUUCCUCUAAUGAUCAGUCAUGUAAUGUCUGAGUCUGCGUGGAGACACACUGACACACUAAUGCUGUGACACACAAUGCAUUCCACAACACAUGAGAUUCCCGUAAGUCUGGGGGAGAUGCUAAUUAUUCCGCACUAGGAUGUGUCUGUGUGACCUUGGGAGUGAAGGAGGAAGUUUGCAGUUUGUGAUACAGAUGCUGUUUUUACCUGCAGUCUAUUGUGCAGUCAUCCAGAAAAUACCUAAAUAGUUUACCCAUUCCAUCAACCCCUAUCUAACUACACCUUUAGACAACCCAAAUUACCUUUAACUUUACAUUGUAUCUGUCAAUCGUUCACACAAGCAUUUCAUGUCACACAAAGACAAAAAAGACAACAGAUUUUACAGGUGAGUGUACUGCAGUAGCUGCCAAUGUCUUGGUUCACUGAGGGCAUGCGGCAUACUGUCAGACAUACAUGUAUCGGGUGCCAGACCGAUGCGUGGUUAGGGAGCACUUAGCGUCACAGACUAUGGCUACAGUACAUCCUAAAUGGCACCCUAUUCCCUAGUUAGUGCACUACUUCUGACCAGGGCUCAUAGGGUGCCAUUUGGGAUACAGCCUAUCAGUGACAUUUCUCUGUCUGGCUGUGACAGGACAUAAUCCUGGAGCGCUGAACCAACUGCGGAGGAUGAAUAAUAUCAUUUUAUCAUUAAUAUGCUACUGCAUAGAAUGUUUGCAGGUUUUUGCCUUUUCCUUUAAAUUAAGACCUAGACAACAAGGUGCAGGGAGUUCUUUACUAAAUAGUGACCUUAAUUCAUCAAUCAAGGACAAGGGAGGAGCGAAAGCCUGCAGCCACUCGGUCCUCCGUAGAAUGAGUUUGACACCUGUGCUUUACAGUAUAUGCAUAGUGUUGUCAGGCCUCUCAGAAUUCUCAAUUUAAUCCAUAAAGGUUUUAUGUUGAUCAGAGGCAGACGGUUGAGGUUGGGGUCUAUUAAAUCUCAGUGAUAGUGGGUCAACUGUUUGUGCUCAUCAGUGAACUCCAAGAUGGCAUUGUCUGUAUGUGCAGCGGUACAGAAUGUGUCCCUGUGGAAGUAAAUGUACCCACAUUUAAAUAUGAGUAUUUGUCUGUUUCAGGAACAUGACAUUGAGACUCCCUAUGGGAUGCUUCAUGUGGUUAUUCGUGGGGCACCCAAAGGAAACAAGCCUGCUAUCCUCACCUACCAUGAUGUGGGGCUUAACCGUGAGUACACACAUUGUCCUUCUACGUGUGUGUGUGUGUGUGUGUGUGUGUGUGUGUGUGUGUGUGUGUGUGUGUGUGUGUGUGCACCAUGUUUGUGUUCAUGUCUUUGUUGCACCACCAUCAGUGCCUAUCUGAGGUGAUAAUUGGACUCCAUUCUGAUAGCGAUAUCAGAGUACCAGUAAUAUUCCCUGACAGCCGUCCAGCCAGCCCACUGCAGAGUGCAGACAGACAGUGUGACUCUCUCACCUUUACCCAGCAUGUCCGUUACUACCUCCCCACUGAGCCUGCUCGUUAGUGCCUCUAAUUGGUGGAUGGGGACUGCUUUUCAAUGUUGCUGCAGUAUGCAGGGAGUCUUGUUACACUUGUAGCAGGAAAUGACUCAUUGAAACAAAACACAAUAUUGAAUAAUCUACAUUACCAGUAGCUGUUUGAAAUGGGUUGAAACAAAAGAUCCAGUGUGCCCAUUGAAAUUCCAGAUACAACCUGCAUUCCACAAGAUGGCACUGUCUGUCAGUGGUCAAUAAUUAAAGGACUGGGUAAUGAAAUAAUGAUGGAUGGCGAGAGAAAAAAAAGGCAGAGGGAGAAAUGUAGGUCAGAAAAACAUCCCUAUCAUACAAGCCGGGUGGUGUUGGUGGAGGGAUCAGCACUGCGGCGCUUUAGAUCAACUGAUCCACUGCAUGCCUGCCUCCCUCUGCCUGAAUGCCUCCCUCUGCCUGCAUGCCUCCCUCUGCCUGCCUGCCUCCCUCUGCCUGCCUGCCUCCCUCUGCCUGCCUGCCUCCCUCUGCCUGCAUGCCUCCCUCUGCCUGCAUGCCUCCCUCUGCCUGCAUGCCUCCCUCUGCCUGCAUGCCUCCCUCUGCCUGCAUGCCUCCCUCUGCCUGCCUCCCUCUGCCUCCCUCUGCCUGCCUCCCUCUGCCUGCCUGCCUGCCUCUGCCUGCCUGCCUCCCUCUGCCUGCAUGCCUCCCUCUGCCUGCAUGCCUCCCUCUGCCUGCAUGCCUCCCUCUGCCUGCAUGCCUCCCUCUGCCUGCAUGCCUCCCUCUGCCUGCAUGCCUCCCUCUGCCUGCCUGCCUCCCUCUGCCUGCCUGCCUCCCUCUGCCUGCCUGCCUCCCUCUGCCUGCCUGCCUCCCUCUGCCUGCAUGCCUCCCUCUGCCUGCAUGCCUCCCUCUGCCUGCAUGCCUCCCUCUGCCUGCAUGCCUCCCUCUGCCUGCCUGCCUCCCUCUGCCUGCAUGCUUCCCUCUGCCUGCAUGCCUCCCUCUGCCUGCAUGCCUCCCUCUGCCUGCCUGCCUCCCUCUGCCUGCAUGCCUCCCUCUGCCUGCAUGCCUCCCUCUGCCUGCAUGCCUCCCUCUGCCUGCAUGCCUCCCUCUGCCUGCAUGCCUCCCUCUGCCUGCAUGCCUCCCUCUGCCUGCAUGCCUCCCUCUGCCUGCCUGCCUCCCUCUGCCUGCCUGCCUCCCUCUGCCUGCCUGCCUCCCUCUGCCUGCCUGCCUCCCUCUGCCUGCCUGCCUCCCUCUGCCUGCAUGCCUCCCUCUGCCUGCAUGCCUCCCUCUGCCUGCAUGCCUCCCUCUGCCUGCAUGCCUCCCUCUGCCUGCAUGCCUCCCUCUGCCUGCAUGCCUCCCUCUGCCUGCCUGCCUCCCUCUGCCUGCAUGCCUCCCUCUGCCUGCAUGCCUCCCUCUGCCUGCAUGCCUCCCUCUGCCUGCAUGCCUCCCUCUGCCUGCAUGCCACCCUCUGCAGCCGCAGCUGGGGGUAAUAGUAUGCACUGGCAGUAACCACAGCCUGACUCAGUCAACACAGAUACAGAAUGGAGAGAGAAAGAGAGCGAGAGAUUGAGGGAGGGAGAGGAAUGAGACAAAAUAGAGGAGACACUAGCCUAUAUGUGGUUGUGCUGCUCCUGUAUUGUGACCUUGUGCUGGGGAGGAGAUGAGAGGCGAAGGAAGGAUAUGACUCAAGUUGCCACAUGGAGACAAUGCGCCUGCGGAGGAUGAAUAAUAAUGGUCUUCUGUUGCCAUUUGGCUGACUGUGUGUGGGAGAAUCAGAAUCACCUCUCUGCCCUUGUGUGAUGCCAGAUACUGUAAAUCACAUAGCACAGAACACAUCAGUUUCAUCGUUGUCUAAAAGGACACCUGGAGCAUUUCAGCUUUUCAUUUUCCGUACGGUUAUAGGUUAAUUAGCCUGGUUAAUGAUGUUUGUUGGUGUUUGAUGAGAUGGAACAAACACCUCAGUGUUUUCUAUCCCCUUAUUAGCUCCAUGGAGCAAACCAGUGUUGUCGUCUGACUCCCCACAAACCGAAGAGAAGUAGGACAACAGUGGCGGUGGGAGGGGGGAAACAGAGUUGUUUAUCAGAGUUGUCAACAUGGCUGUAGAUUUUAAGAGGUGCGGUAUAUAGGGUGGCACUUCAGUUAACCUGUAACCUCAGUUAAAUCUCUCAGUUUAAGUGCAGUAUAUCAAACUAGAUUGUUUUUUCUUUACUCUGACUUAAUGUACGACCACUCAAGCACCCAGAUGAUAAUGGAAUUGACUCCCAGUGAAACCAUAGGUCAUUUCUUAUUCUCUGAUAUCGGUGAUGUCUAUUUCCCCUGCUGACAGGGUAGCAGUGGCACAGAUGGCCACUUUCAAGGUGCUCUCUGCUUAAUGCAUGUUUAAUGUUUUCUUCUCUCUGUCUCUCUCUCUGCCCUGCACAGACAAGUUGUGCUUCAACAGCUUCUUCCACAACGAGGACAUGCAGGAGAUCACCAAGCACUUUGUGGUGUGCCAUGUGGAUGCUCCUGGACAGCAGAUUGGAGCCUCUCAGAUGCCACAGGGGUAUUAUACCUACACAUUCACAUGCACGCACCUUAGCCACACACACGCAUGCAUGCGCACACACACUUAUAUACGCAAGUAUAUGCACUUAUACAGUACGUAUCCAUACACCUCUGUUGUUGUCUUGUAUUGACUGGAAUGUGCAUAUAGACAGGGAUUUCUACAGUUCUGUCUCUUUGCCAUGUGACUGUUUAACUAAAGAUCUCCACCUCACCUCUCCACAGGUACCAGUACCCCAACAUGGACCAGCUGGCAGGCAUGCUGCCAAGCGUAGUGCAGCACUUUGGGUGAGUGGGCCUCCCCUUCCUCUCUCUCUUAGUAAACAGUACAUUCAUUAUCCAUAUUGUUGAACUUUGAAUGAAUGAAUGAACCUGUAAAGUAAUUCAAACCAUUCUCAUUUUCCAGAUUCAAGAGCAUUGUGGGUAUUGGAGUUGGGGCUGGUGCCUACAUCCUGGCCAAAUUUGCUGUAAGUCAUACCCGGUAAAUUUUUUUUGCAUUUCCACAUAUUUCCUAUUUUGGGGCCUAAUAAUGAUCCCAGGUGUAUCUACCACAGGAGGUUGGUGGCACCUUAAUUGGGGAGGACGGGCUCGUGGUAAUGGCUCAAGUGGAAUUAGUGGAAUGUUAUCAAGACUUGGUUUCCAGGUGUUUGAUGCCAUUCCAUUUGCUCCGUUCCAGACAUUAUUAUGAGCCAUCCUCCCAGCAGCCUCCUGUGGUAUCUAUCUAACAUAACACACCCUUGCUCUGCUCUGCUUUGCUCUGUCCUCAGCUGAUCUUUCCUGAUCUGGUGGAGGGCCUGGUGCUGCUCAACAUCGACCCCAACGGGAAGGGCUGGAUCGACUGGGCCACCGGCAAGGUAGCAGACACUGCACCUAUGUGGCAAACACAUAAACAGAGUUACCUUUUAAAGCAGCUAUUUUAUCCCGACUAUCAAAAUGGCUGCUGUACUUGCAAUUGGUGCAAGGUAAUAAUAUCUAUCUCUCUUUACUCACCUCUCUCUCUCUCUCUCUCUCUCUCUCUCCUUCUCCUUCCUCUCCAGCUGUCUGGGCUCACCAGUGCUCUUCCAGACACAGUCCUGCCCCACCUCUUUAGCCAGGUGAGUUCUCACUCCAGAUAUGUGUGGUAAUCAAACCAUUAUCCACUUACCUACAAUAGUUUGUGGCAAUACAUAGGACUACACACCAUAAUAACAACAACACUAGACUGCAUGCUUUGUUAUGCUAAUAAACCUUUCAGAAACACCAGUCUCUCAGUCUACCUGUGUUUUAUUGUGGGUUGUUGUAUAGGAGGAGCUGAUGAACAACACAGAGCUGGUCCAGAGCUACCGUCAACAGAUCAACAACACCGUCAACCAGGUCAACCUGCAGCUCUUCUGGAACAUGUACAACAGGUAACAAACACACCUAGUGUGUACAGACACACACACACAAACUGCAGACUGUGUGUGUGUGUGUGUGUGUGUGUGUGUGUGUGUGUGUGUGUGUGUGUGUGUGUGUGUGUGUGUGUGUGUGUGUGUGGCAGAUGGAGAGAGUUCUAUAUUCUUUGAGAGAAUGUAAGCAGUGUGUCUCACAGUUCUCCUCUCCCUCUCAGCCGUAGGGAUCUGGAGAUGAACCGCUCUGGGACCAUCAUCAAUGCCAAGACCCUGAAGUGAGUCUCCCUCUACAGUACUAGACCAUUCUCCAUGGUCCUUCAUGUCAUUGUCUAAUUAAGCAAUAAGGCACGAGGGGGUGUGGUAUAUGACCAAUAUACCAUGGCUAACAUGCUGACCAGACCGCACGCGCGUGUGCGUCAGCGUGUGCCAUCGCGCGCAUGUUGAUUUUUUCCUCCCACACCAGACACGAUCAGGACACGCAGGUUGAAAUAUCAAAACGAACUCUGAACCAACUAUAUUAACUUGGGGACAGGUCGAAAAGCAUUAAACAUUUAUGGCAAUUUAGCUAGCUAGCUUGCUGUUACUUGCUAAUUUGUCCUGGGAUGUAAACAUUGGGUUGUUAUUUUACCUGAAAUGCACAAGGUCCUCUACUCCAACAAUUAAUCCACAGAUUAGUUCAGGCUUCCUUCAGGCUUCUUCUUCUUCUUUGGACUUUAUAUGUCAGUUGGCAACCAACUUUAAGAUGCAUUACCACCACCACCAACUGGACUGGAGUGUGGACCUCAGUUCAUCUUUCAAUCACCGACGUGGGUAUAUGCUCCUAAAAACCAAUGUGGAGAUGGGAGAGGACCAAGUUCUAUUUUAGCUCCUGGCCACGUAGACACGACGCUUCCGGUCUGCUCAGCAUGUAAGGGCUGUUCUUAUGCACAACGCAACGCGGAGUGCCUGGAUACAACCCUUAGCCAUGGUAUAAUGGCCAUAUACCACAAACCCCUGAGGUGCCUUUAAGCUAUUAUAAACUGGUUACCAACGUAAUUAGAACAGUAAAAAUGAAUUUUGUGUCAUACCUGUGAUAUACCACCAAUCAGCAUUCAGGGCUCUAACCACCCGGUUUAUAGUAGUGUUUAGGCACCUUUAACAUUCAUAACAGGUUACUGAAAUUAGCUAUGUUUGUUUAUGUGUCUUUGUGUUUGUGUUGUUGCUGAUCUAUGCUCUGUGUUUCUAGGUGCCCUGUCAUGCUUGUUGUUGGUGACAACGCUCCAGCUGAGGAGGGAGUGGUGAGUCCUUUUCCUUCUGUUAUUCCGCUCCUUUUCUCUCAUCUACACCCUCUCUCCAUUUCUAUCUCUUCUUCCUCUACCUCCCUCCCUCCCUGCCUCACCUCCCUACUUCCCUCCAAAACAGAAGCAGGUUAGUCAGCAGAAGCUCAGCUCUCUGUCUCACUCUAGGCACCCUUUUCCGGGGAAGGCUGAGUCAACUGUGUGUGCCUCACUGCCUCUCCAAGGCCUAUAUGUGUCUCUCUCUCUCUCUGCUCCAUCCUCUGGGUUUCAACAGGCUCUUAUGGGCCAGAUAUUUAUAUCUGUGUGUCUUUAUGUACUGUUAAUCUGCUAGACAUUCAGGAGGUCAAGGCUUAAUCACAUCCCUCCUCUGUAAAUGUAGGGAUGAUAGGAGGAGGGGAUGGACGGGGGAGGAGUAAAAUGAGAGGUUAUACAACCUUGUUAUUGAGGGAGGGAGGGAGGGAAAACAUAGGGACGAGAGGGGGUGAGGGAGGGAGUGGGGAGAGAGGGAGGGAAAAGAGAAGGGAGGGAGGGAAAACAGAGGGAAGAGAGGGGGUGAGGAAGGGGAGGAGGGAGGGAGGGAGGGGGGAGGGAGGGAGGGAAAACAGAGGGAAGAGAGGGGGUGAGGGAGGGGAGGAGGGAGGGAAAACAGAGGUAAGAGAGGGGGUGAGGGAGGGAGGGGGGAGGGAGGGAAAACAGAGGGAGGGGAGGGAGGGGGGGGGAGGGAAAACAGAGGGAGGAGGGGGAGGGGGAGGGAGGGGCGGAGAGCGAGAGAAAUAUGAAAACAGAGAUGAAAAACAGAGAUAUGACAUAUUUGACAUAUAUUUAUUGCUAUUUAAUGUGUCUGCCAGCACACAUCUGUACACACCCCUGGCUGCGACUGCGCAGCCUCUGCCGUGUGCUGGAAUGACUCAUCACUGCAGCAGACUUCAGUAUCUGGGUCAGCCCCACCCUCUCCCCCACCUCCCUCCAAGCCUCUCUUUCAUUCACAUCUAUAUCCCUGCAAUCCUAUUGAUUUCCCUGCAAUCCUAUUGAUAUGAGAAUAUUAAAUAUCCAGCACCUUAGUCCUCUAUGUAAUAUUUUGUUGUUUCUCAAGGUUGAAUGCAAUUCCAAACUUGACCCAACCAACACCACCUUCUUAAAGGUAUGAGUGCAAAGCAUUAAUUGUGGAAUGUUGGUUUUAUUAGAUUUUUUAUCUAAUGAACUAAACAUUUGAUGUAAAAAAUAGAGUAUUCUGUAAUUACUAAUGUCCCUGUUCUCCCCUGUUGUGCUUCAGAUGGCUGACUCUGGUGGACUUCCUCAGCUCACACAGGUCAGAACACUGCCUUCAGAUGGCCCUCUGCAUCCUCUCAUUACACAUUCAAAUACUCCUACUAUUAUUUAGCCAUGCCUUCCUCUGCACCACCUCCAUAUCCCCCUUACUUCCUCCAGUUUCUCUUCUGAUGCAACUCUCAGAUGACCCCUAACUUACUCUUUAAAAUGCCUCUCUAAUCUCCCUCUUCUGAAUCUCCGGUUCCUCUUUUUAUAAACCAUUCUGCCACCAUGAGAGGGUUGGCUCUAUAGCACUCACCACAGCACUCCUCAGAGGUCAUUGACAUCAUCUGGGGUCAGGGUCUCAGGAGGUCAAGUGUCUAACCGUACUCUUCUUGUUGUUUUAUAGCCUGGAAAACUGUCCGAAGCAUUCAAGUACUUCCUCCAGGGGAUGGGCUACAGUAAGUAUCUAGAACCCAAUUACAGUCAUUUGUCAUAUAUUAGUGAGUAUGUGAGACUGUGCGUGUGUUUGCGGUCUCUCAGAAACUAGGCAUCACUACCUUGACUGAGUUUAUCUCUCGAUACCUUAGAAAUACAACGUUGUCCAGUCUACUCCCUUGUUUGUCUUAAUCCUCUGCUUUAACACUGUCUGUACGUUGUGUUGUUCUGAAUGUGUCAUGGAGUUCAGUUCGGACUGUGUUGUGAAUAUGUUGUUUGGUAUGGUGCGAUGUGAUGUCUAAUGCAGGGACCUGUGUUGUGUUAAUCUUGCCCUCUAUGUUUUCCUGCCUUCUCUCAGUUGCGUAUGUGAAGGAUCGGAGGUUGAGUGGAGGGCCAGGUACUUCCUGUUUGCUGUUCACCUCUGACCUCCUCCUCUCUUCUUCCCCUACAUGAGAUGUGGAGUGAUGAUGCUCUGAUCAUAUAUCUGCCUUUUGACUUAUUAUUGCAUUUUCUUUGUUUUGGCGCUUGAUUUCUGGUCAUUGGCAAUCUUGACGAUUUUAUUCAAAAUGUUUAUUUUUUAUGCAUUUUUCCUCAGCCUAAGGAAAAAGAUGCCAUUGUUACUUUUUCCCCAUCUCUGCCAUUGCAUUCCCUAUCUUACUCUUUGCAUGGGAUACAGUUAAUUAUGAUCCAGCAUUGAACUCUCAUUGGCACAUUGGAGUGUCCAAAUGGAGCAACUUUGUGGAGAAUGUUUGCAUGAAAACAAAAAGGGUUGGUCUUGCCAGAUUGUAAGUAUCAUAGCCAAUAUACCUGUUAUGCAGAUACAGUACCCUCUGUCAUUUUUGGGACAGUGUAGCAUUUUUUCUUCGUUUGGCUCUAUACUCCAAAAGUUUGUAUUUGAAAUCAAACAAUGACUAUGAGGUUAAAGUGCAGACGGUCAGCUUUAAUUUGAAGGUAUUUCCAUCCAUAUCAGGUGAACCGUUUAUAAAUUACAGCACUUUUUGUACAUAGUCCCCCCAUUUGAUAUUUGUGUGUCUGUAACUUUCUCACUCAUCAUUAUUUAAGAUUCAUUCAGGAUGAUCCAUAAUCAUGGUAGCAUCCACAUUCAUGUAAAGUGUUUAGAAACAUAUUCUAUUCAAAUGUAUAAUAAAAUGACACAAUACAUUAUUUACCAUUCAUUUCUAUUGGGCACAAAAUAAUCUGAAACACAACCAAAACAAACAGCAAAUGCAUUCAACAAAUGUGUAGAGUCACAAGCUUGAUGUAGUCAUUGCGUGCUAUGAAUAUUUGACCAAAUACUUAACUGUUUACGACUUUAAUACACAUAUAACUGUAUCUGCCUUUACCUUCAGACUGACCUCCCAAAAUGUUAGAACUACUACAUCCCAAGUUUGAGAUUUUUGGCAUUUGUUACACAAGGUUAAAGUUUUCCAUGUAAUAAAAUGAUUGUACUAUCAUAGCUCUACUCUAAGACAACUGCUAAAUCUUCAUUACACAGAUGAGUUCAGUAGCAGAACAGUGCUGCAGGAGGGCGAGCUGAUGCCGAUCAACUCCUCUGCAGCAUUUAGACUUUCCUCACAGUCCCACUGCAUGGUGCUGCAGUACUGUAGCAGGGUGAAUGUGUCUGCAUGCAGAGUUACAGACACAUGUUGAUAGCUUUACAGAACCUCUCAAGCAUCCAUAGCUAGCAGGAAUGUUUGUUACAGCUGCCUUGCCUCACCAGCUGCGUACAAUGUUACUUUUCAGUUUACACAUUGGCAGGUUGUCCCUUAUCUCCCAGUGUUAGCUCAUAUUGACAUAGCUUUGCUGUUGUUUAAUUGUGAAUCUUGUCUUCCCCUAUUUCAUUCUGUCUUUCUUUCUUUCUCUCUCUCUCUUUCUCUCUGUCUCCCUCUCUCUCUUUUUCUCUCUCUCUCUCUCUCUCUCUUUUUCUCUGUCUCUCUCUCUCUGUUUCUCUCUCUGUCUGUCUCUCUCUGUUUCUCUCUCUGUCUGUCUCUCUCUCUCUGUUUCUCUCUCUGUCUGUCUCUCUCUUAGUGCCCUCUGCCAGUAUGACCCGUCUGGCCCGCUCCCGGACGGCCUCCCUGACCAGUGGCAGCUCCAUUGAGAGCUCUCGUAUCCGUGGUUUUACACACACUGACAGCAACGAGGGCCAGGUCAGCCACACCAUGGAGGUGUCCUGCUGAACCCUCAAACAAACACACACACACAAAGACAGACAGACAGAAAGACGUGGGUUGGAGAGAGGGAGAGAGAGAUGAGUUUCUACUGAAAUGGUUAAUGCAGGAUGUUCUCUCUAUCUAUCUCUCUUUGUCUUUGUCCUAGUAUUAUCUUGCCCAAAGUCCCUCAGUAUUUGACAACUUUUGCCAACCCCUCCCCUCACUGUAAAAUGACACCAAUGUAUUACUCUCCCCCUUAAACUUAAGAAACAGUUUUGUUUUUUCUUGAAUUGUCGUUUGUUUUGCUAAGUGUCUCCUUUCCCUUUUGCCUGCUCCCCCAGCCCUACAUCUGCCCCGCCCCCCUCCACUCAGACCCUUAGCCUCAUCUGCCCCCUCCCACACUCAUCAGCUUGUCUGCCGACAGUUUCUGUGAGGUGAUCAAUGAUGGUAGUUAAGUGGGUUGUUGUCAGUGAGGAUGGUUGGUCAUUGGGGAAAAGACAUACAGGACAUUUUGUAGUUGUUUGCUCUAUUCUUGCUCUUUGUCUGGAAAGUUCAAGAUUUGACAGAAAGCAGCACACAGGCUAUUAUAUUUCAGAGAGUUUUACAUCACACUGUGGAGGAUGUGUCUGUGUGACAGCCACUAGAUCAGUAUUCCCACUCCACAUCCCAUGCAAGUUUUCCCAUUGAUUGUCAUACAGAAGCAUAAAUAAAUGUAGUGUGAUUCUAUACACAUGUAGCCCACAUGAUUCCAGUCACCUGCAUUGGUAGGAGUAUCCACCCCUAUAUAGGUAGUGUGUCCAUGGUCAUCUCCACCUCCCUAAAAUGGAAGUGGUUCUGCCGAGGAUCAGUUCUUAGUGGUCCUAGGAGCCGAGGCAGAACCUGUUCGAUCUGAGAUGUUCUUCUCUUAGGUCAGCUCUACAGCAUUCAGCCCCACACAAAAGAUAUACCAAAGCUAUACACACACUAACCUAUGACGGCUGGGCUCUGUAAGGGGACCGAGCCAAAUGAUAUAGGCACAGAAGCACAAAACACACAAAAAUGUACGUACACACUGUCAAUGUGUCAAAGUAAAUGUGUCACCACAAAACAAAUGUUAAUGUAUUUACAUCUAUACCCAUGCAUAGCUCACAUAGAGAACCAACAGCCUAAUAUCCCACAGACCUCUUUUUCACCCACCCCCGUGAUAUUGAGCUGAAAUACUGGUCGUUGUUAAUGGGGAGGCUAGGUGUGUGCUGCUAGCUGCUGUGAUGGACUACCAAUUGAGUGAAGCUAGUCCUAUGAGGAGGAACUGUUGUCCCUGGCAAUUUGCAGAGUAAUGUCUUUCUACAUUCGAUUUGCAUUCCUUAUUCUCAGUAACAACUUCUCCCUAUUAUCUGUUUGAAUGUCAAUCUCUGCAUCCCCCGAUAGGGUGAAGUGGUAUAACUACUACUGCAGGGGUGCUUCUUGGGACUGUCUGUAAGGGGCGAGAUCCCAACCCCAACCCCCUCCCCCAAAACCACAAGAUGCCCCGCCCCUUACAGAUACGUCCAGUCGCCACUAAAGGGCUAUCAGCUGAGGUCAAUUUUCAGUUCAUAUUGUUGCCUAGCAACAGUGCACCAAUGUGCAAGGGUCCCCAAGGCGUACAUAGCAAAAAUUCUAGGACAGAGGCAUGAAUUAAUGAAUGAGUUCUGACAAUGAGCGAGGGAAAGGGAGAGAUUCUGUCUGAAUGAAUAAGAGGAAUUUUCAUUGUGAGAGAGCUGGAUCUACAAAAUGUCCUGAUGGGGGGGGGGGGGGGGGGGUGAUAAUGGGGGGGUGAUAAUAGGAGCAGUGAUAAUAGGAGGGGGGAUAAUAGUAAAUGUAAAAGACGGUAUGAGCGGGACUUCUGUGAGAGGAUAUUGGGUCAGGUCAACAAACACUCCCUUAUACUCCUCCAAUAUGUUUGCAUGCACCUUAAUGUGUGAUAUUCAAGGCUGUGGUCAUGCAUUUUCUCUCCAUAAGACUACUGUCGCUGUCAACUCUGAGCAGGCCUGAUUUUGACCCCUCCCCCAGUCUCAUACAUACUGCCUGGUGGCCCCUGAAUGUAAUUUGUCAUAUUGAAGUGCUGUACAGUAUUGUCCAAGUGCCCCCUUCCACCCACCCACCACCAUUACCCCACAAGUGCUUGUACCUGCUAUCCCCCCUACCCUACAUCCUACCCUAACUCUUCCAAGAGAACCCAAGUCCUUCCAGGUCCUCCUUGCUCUGUAGAUACUCACUGUUUUUAGAGCAGGUUAACUGAAAGAGCACUCCAACACUAUUGUAUUGUGACAAACAGCAUUUUGGUUCCUUAUUCCUAGAGUUCCUCUUUUUAUAUAACAAUAUAAUUACGUUUUCUGUGUAUUAUUAUUAUUAUUAUUAUUAUUAUUAUUAUUAUUAUUAUUAUCAUUAUUACAGUAUUAUUGAUUGAUUUAUAUUGAGCAAUAAGUUGUUUUUUGACUGUAUGUUUUCAUGGGAGUCUCCCCAACAUUGUUUCUGUUCACAGAGAUAGUAGGAUUGACUUUUACCUGCUUAGUCAUAAAAUGUGUAAUGUAAAGUUUAAAUAUAUAUAUACAGUAUAUAUACUGUAAGCUGUCUCUGUCCAUGUAAAGACAAAGAAAUAAAUACUUUAUGUCAGCAUGGAGUCAUAUGUUUAAUAAGUGCAUUUCUUUGCAACACUGGUUUUAUUGAAAAAGUAAUGAUUCACACAAAUGUUUUUCACUUGCUUCCACCGAUGCUGGAUAUGUACACAACAAAAUAUACUGUACGUUUUACGUUUUAGUCAUUUAGCAGACGCUCUUAUCCAGAGUGAUUUACAGUAGUUGAGGGACUGGAUGUUGGUGGACAUUUUCUUGAUCUGUAUGCCAAUGUCAUAUCGCUCCCGCCCAGUCACAGUAUUAAAGGAGUAGAAGAUCUCCUUUGUAUCCUUACUCAGGUAGCACGUGGCGUAGAGCACGCCGCACGCCAUAAAGCUAUUGCUCACAGCACGCUUGUGGGCUUAAGUGGUCCGGCCCAGGGUGGGAGGACUGUCAGGGAUCACGUCAGAGAGGACUAG